GUAACUCUUGUUUUUCAUAUUAUCAUCGUCUGUUGUUUAUUUUGUUUUCGAUUAUCACACUAUUAUGUCACUGUUCUUGUUACUUUUUUGUAGGAAUUGUUCGGCUUCCCUUAGUAGUUGCUAUGUUUUCUUCACUGUUUCCUUCUUCUUCGUACUUGGAUCUGCUGCACUUGUGAAAUUUCACCGGAUAUGUUGUUGUCGUCGUCGUUGUCAUUAUAAAUGUUAAUCAAAAGAGUGGGACAUGCAUUGAUGUUUUUCUCAAAUGCGUGUAUUGCAUGUUGUAUAUUUUAAUGUUAUUUACUUGUUGAUAAUAAAGAAGUAUGAAACAAAUACUUCAUUCCACAGUAAUCACCAAACUCAUUUUUCUCAUCUUGUUCCAAUGGCUACUACCAACUCAUCAGACAAUGAAGUGAUUGUGGCCAUAGUGCCAUUGCCGGAUUACAGCCAUGUGAAUCAGUUCUUUGUUCUUGCUCGCUUCAUCGCGUCCCAUAAUAUACCAGUAUACUAUCUCUCCGUUGCUGAUAUAAACCAAGAUUUGAAACUCCGCUUCCAUGGUGGUCUCGGAGCCUCAAACAUCCAUUUCGAGGACCUCUUAGUAAAAGAUGAUGAUCCAGCUGGCCGCGAUCCGGUUCUUAUGUCUCUGGAAAAACUCAGGGAGCCCGUUCUUAAAACAUGCUUUGAACUCACCACCAAUGCAAAGAGGUUAGUCGUAAUUCAUGACAAUAUAAUGACCCAACAUAUAUGGGAAGUACAUACAUUCCCGAAUGUCAAGGGUUAUAUCUUCCAUUGCGGGUCGGCUUUUAACAGAUAUCACUUUGUCCAACAAGGUAUUCCUGAUAUAGUUGACGAUGAUCAUGUCAAACUGGUCGAGCAAAUGCACGAUGAGCUUCUAUUUCUAGAUCCGCAUGGGAAAUUGUUGGUUAGAACGGAACAUGAGAUGGAGUUCCACUCGGGAGAAGUCAUAAACUCGUGUAAAGAAGUGGAAGGUAAGUACAUAGAUUUACUUGCCAAAGGAAAACGCAAGCCGUCUUUGGCUUUUGGUCCAUUUCAUAUGUUGGUAGAAUCACACGACUCUAUCUCUUCUUCGUCUAGCAACAUGACUCGUCAUGAAUGCCUGGAGUUUCUUGACAAGCAAGAUACUAGCUCAGUCAUAUUCGUCUCGUUUGGAUCGACCACUACAUUAUCACAAGAGCAAGUCAAUGAGCUCGCUCUGGGUUUAGAACAAAGCAACCAUAGAUUUAUUUGGGUACUAAGAAAAGGAUCUGACGAUAAGGAGAAACUUAGAGAGAAAGACGAAAAUAUUGAUCAACUACCAGAAGGGUUUGAAAAGAGAGUAGAAGGGAGAGGAAUGGUGGUAAAUUGGGCACCACAGUUAGAAAUCUUGAGUCAUCCAUCUACCGGUGGUUUUUUGAGUCACUGUGGGUGGAAUUCUUGUCUAGAGAGCAUUAGCAUGGGAGUGCCUCUAGCAACUUGGCCAAUCAGUUUCGAGCAGCCAUCUAACGCUGUACUUCUAACAAAUGUGCUGAAGAUUGGAAUAUCUGUCAAGAGUUGGGCUCACCGUGAGGAAUUGGUAACAGCAUCAACCAUUGAGAAAGCUGUGAAGACGUUGAUGGGCACGGAAGAAGGGGAAGAGAUGCGGCAAAGGGCAAUGGAAUUGAGCAAAAGGAUCAAGAGCUCUGUCAGCGACGGAGGACCUGCACGCAAGGAAAUGGAAUCUUUCAUUUCAAAUAUUAUCAAAUAACUUCCUGUUUGUGUGUGUGUGUGUUUAAAGUCACUUAAUUGUAAUUCAAUGCCACUUCACAAAAUAGUUUGUUCUAUACAUAUAUAUAUCUUGGAGGUAGACUCAAGUUGAUCAA